CAUCAGCAGUGACCAAAGCAAACUAUAGAUAUUCCAUGAGCCUUGGUUCUUUAAUUCACAAUAAACAAAGGUAAAAUGAAGAAAAUCAAGUUCAAUGAUGUAAUCAAAGAAGAGGUGGUUCAAGAGACUAAAAGAAUAUCCUUAAGAAGAAAUAAUGAUGAGGAUGAUGAUGAUGACUUCAAUUUAUCAAAUGAUAUCCAGCAAAGUCUUAGCAAACAAUUAUCAUUGAAUCUGGAUAAUUUGCUGGAGGAUAUGCUUGUUCCAGAUUUGACAACAGUAAAGGAUAAAGGGAAAUCAUUUGAUGGUGUGAAGUUGUUGAGUGUAUCGGAUAAGUGUAUAAAAGUGAAGAGUGCCAAAGCUUUGCAGAAAGAGCAAACGGAAAAUGUGCUGAGGAGAAAAAAGAGACACAUGGCUGACUUGGAACUUGAUCCAGAUCAGUAUGAGAAAUGUAAAUUGGUGGCUGUUAGUUAUCAAGACAUUGUUGAGAAGAAAGAUGUGCAAUUUUGGAGUAAUCAGACUAAGGCUAAAGUGUUGAAAUAUAAGAAGGAUGAUAAAGGAGAUUUAGUUUUACAAGAGGAUCCUUUUGUAUCAAUAAAUUAUAAAUAAA